GCAAAAUAACCAGCAGAGGGAUGUUGCUCAUCACUUAAAUUACCCAGAGCUGUUACUACAUUAGAUAUAUCCUAAAGUGAAACAACGUAGCUGCUCUGUUAAAACACAUAAUUUCCUGGCUUCUGUAACUGUAACGUCUGUAAUCUAGAACUCUCUUCCCUGCAUGUUCUUCAGAAGGUAGGACAGCAAAAUGAAUACUCCAUCAUGAAGCAGGGGAAUCAGGCACACACACCUGGAUGAACAGCUCCGCCACGCCCCCCAUGCCGCGCCCCCACUACAUCUGACCAUGCCAAAGACAAUCUCAGUAACAGUGUUCAGUGUGUCACUGUCACAAUCUCUGAACUGUUAGUGUCUACCAUAGGCGUCCCUCUCAUUCUUUUCUCCCAGGUAAUUAGUGCGACGGACUUCCCUCCUGUCUCCCAGGUAAAGGGAGGGUGGAAAACCAUCAGUUCUGGACCCUGGUGUACUGUUUGGUACCUGUAUGACAGGAGAUCCGCUCUGUCAGCACGUCCAGGUGUUCAGUAUGACGGAGCAGUCCUUCUACCAAGCCCCGCCCAGCGCGGGAUGCCUGGACGGAGGCUACUUUCCACAGCAUGACCCCGCGGCACUGUGCCACGGCUAUCUCUCCACCGGGGGCGCCACUGAGCUGCCGUCCCCUCCCUUCCCCCCCCAGUCCCCCGGCCUCUCGGCCCCUGAAAGCCCCUGUGCCGGACCGGGCCCCGCCCGACCCGGGGGCCCCUGGCUCCAGAUGGCCCCGCUCUGGGGCUCCAGGCCUGCAGGGGGCGCUGUGGAGCAGGGUAAGGGCUGCCCUGGGGAGGGGUACCAGCUCCCUACCCCACCCCAUGGACCCCCCCAGGGUAACAGUGCCCAGCAGAGGCUGGACUCCUUCACCAACGCUUUUGCCAAUCACAGCCUCCGCACACUCCGGGGCUCCGCCCCCAGCCUGGGCAUGCCCCUCCCCUUCUGCCUCACCAGGCCCACCGAUGUUGUCCUGCAGCAGCUCCUAUCCCACAAACCCCAGCAAGCAGUGAUUCAGCCAAUGGGGAGCCAGCAGACACGCCCAGCUGAGUGCCAGCCAAUGAGCAGCUGUAGCCAGAGACCUGGCUUUGGUGUGUCGUCUCAGCAUGGGUACCUGCUGCAGGAGCAAUACCGCCCCCUACAGGAGCAGCAAGACAUGAACUACCUCCUGUACUCCUGCCCAACCACUAACCCUGGCCCUCAAACCUCAAACCCCUCUCACCUGACAACAAACCCCACCCUCCAACACUCAAACCCCACCCAAACGCACACCGUCUCCACCCACACAUUCGCUAACUCUGCCCACCAAAACUCCCACCUGUCUCCGACCUUCUCCCCCCCCUACAGUCAGGGGUGUAACAUCCACCUGUACUCUCAACCUGAGCCAGUGCCUUCAAUCCCUCAGACCCCCUGUUACUACCAGAGCCACCACCAAAACCAGAACCAGAACCACCUGCUGGACCCAAACCAGAGCCACCUCCUGGACCAGAACCAAAACCAGAACCAGAAUCUGCACCCGCACCGGGCCCACAGCCUGCCUCCCCAGCAGAGCGGUUUCCGCUCCCAGAUGCUGGACGAGCCCCCGCCCCUCCACUGCGACCCAUACUGCUCCGACUCCUGCUGCCCCGCCCUGCUAAGCCCCGCCCAUCUCAGCCCUUUGGACCCCAGCCCCGCCCCCUCCCAGCCACAGCCCCUGCUGCCCGCUGCCACUCACAGUCCGCGCCAGCGGAGGUCAGAGGUGAAGUUCCACGCCCCUGCUCCACCCCCGUGCUGCUCACCCGGCGCCCCUCAGUGGAGACAGAUGUGCUCAUCAGUCCAGGACCAGUCAUUGUGUCAGGAUGAGAGUGUGCUGGUGAAGCUGAUGGGGAAUGAUUCCUCCAGGCUGCUGUGCUCCAUAUGUCAGAAGGAGUUCAAGAGUCUGCCGGCUCUCAAUGGUCAUAUGCGCUCCCAUGGGGGAGGGGUCCCGCCCAAAAUGCCCUUAAAAAUGGGGUGGGGCUCAGGGGCGGGGCCAGACAGGCGGAGCCGGUCCAACUCAGAGCCGCUGAUCAGCACCUCCCCGAACGGCGCUGUGCUGUUCCAGAGCCUGCUGCGCUCCCGCCCCCUGCUGGGAGGGGUUCAGUCCUACACCCCGCCCCCCAUGCUGUGUCCCUCCCGCGAGGGCUCUGGGCUCUUCAACAUCAUCUGCCCCGGAGCCUCACCCGCCAGGACACCUCCCCCUCUCUUCCCCCCUCGAGUGCUGCUCAACAGGACCGGCAGCCUGGACAGCGCCGUUAAACGGGAGAUUACGAGUUCAGGAGAGAAGCUGGUGCAGAUCAAACCGCGGAUCAACAUCGGGCCCCAGUUCCAGGCUGUGGUUCCGGAGGUCCAGAGACCGACCCACACGGACAGGGAUGCCCAUAAGGCCCAUCCGCUCUGGUCUCCCUGGGGGGCCCAGGAAAUCCCAGCCAAUCAGAGAGUGGAUGCGUUGUUGAACAUGGCGUGCUCCAGUAUUCUGCCUGGAGGAGGGACUAACAUGGAGUUUGCGCUCCACUGCCUGUUCCAGUGCCAAGGGGACUUCAUGGCCACACUAGACAGGCUGCUGAUGCAGAAGCCAUUGAGACACCGUCUUAAGCCCCUGGCAGAUUACCACUAUGCAGGUUCUGAUAACUGGACUCUUGCAGAGAAGAAACAGCUGAACAGAGCCUUUAUCCUGCACCAUAAGGACUUCUUCCUCAUACAGAAAAUGGUGAAGACUAAGACUGUAUCUCAGUGUGUGGAGUAUUAUUACACCUGGAAGAAGCGGCUCCGUUUGGGGAAGAGACAGCCGGCUCGCCCAGUCAGUCUGGGGUCUGAGAGAGGGCCACACACCCCCAAAUCACAGGAGGAGGAGCAGGGUGGUGUUAAACAGGAAGUGAAGGCCCACUGGUCACCCGACUUGGAUUGCCCAGCAGCCAAUCAGAUUGGAGACUUUGGCUGUGACCUUCUGGCCCGCGCCGCUAACUCCACUACCCAGCAUGCACUGCACAGCCCGGCUUCGAUCCGCAGCAGGCCUGGCUCCGCCCCCAGGCCCACAUUGGAGAGGAUCCUCCCCAGCCCCUCCCUCCAGCCGGCCCUUGACUCCGCCCCCCUGCCUGCCUUAGGCUCCGCCUCCCCCAGCAGCGCAGACCCCGCCCACAUCUUCCCCUGCAAGGAGUGCGGGAAGGUGUUUCUGAAGAUCAAGAGCAGAAACGCACACAUGAAGACGCACCGUCAGCAGGACGACCCCCAGGACUGGCUCCUCCAACCUGUCAAUCAUCCCGCCACACCCACCCCUCUGCCCCGACCCGCCAAUCACCAUGGCCGGAUCCAGUCCCUCUGCGUCCACAGGGAGGAGGAGGAGGAGGAAGAGGACCCCUUCCUCCCAGUGCAUGCCCUACUUCAGAUGGAGGCAGGACCCUUUAUUUCAGUGGAGGAGCUGUGAUUGGUGGCUUAUUCUGCAGGAGGAGCUGUGAUUGGUGGCUUAUUCUGCAGGAGGAGCUGUGAUUGGUGGCUUAUUCUGCAGGAGGAGCUGUGAUUGGUGGCUUGUCCUGCAGGAGCAGCUGUGAUUGGUAGCUUAUCCUGCAGGAGCAGCUGUGAUUGGUGGCUUAUCCUGCAGGAGCAGCUGUGAUUGGUUGAGCUCACAGGAGUUUCAUUAUCAGAGGCUUAUAAGGCGUUAUCCUUCUCCACAAGCCCCAGAGGAAAAAAAAGCUUUUUAAAAUUUUUUAUAUUUUAUAUAUUUUCUACAUAAUACAAGUGUCCUGGAUGACAAAAAUAUGUUGCAGUGAAAAUAUGUAUAUGUAUGUUUAAUUGAAUGUCCCAUAUGGUAAGAUAAAUACUGUAUCAAGCUCAGGGAUUCCACAAUGUAAUGUCCGCGUUUGAGGACGCAGGAUCUCAGGAGGGUAGAAUAGUCCAUAAUAUAUACAUUUACACAUACAUACAUACAUCAGUGAUUAAAUGGGCACGUUGUGUUUAAUGGUGUAAAAGACAGAGGCAGUGUUGGAGACACGGCCACUUCUGAGGCUGAGAACAGACCAUAAUAGUUCUGAUGCUGUACGAUGCAGGUUUAGGCACGGAUCAGGGAGUCGGAUGAGUGUUUCAUACUGGAAUUCAGCAGAUAUCUUCAUCUCUCAACUUUUUCAGGAACACGCAAGAUAGUCCCAAAAAUAUUCCCACUUUUAUUGUUGUAAAUGUUUUUGUAUUGUACUGUAUAUAUUUUUUGGUGUCACGGUGUGUGUGUGUGUAGGUGUUUGUGUAUAUCAUUUUAGUUUGUUUAUUUUUAACUGUAAAGAAAUAAUUAUGAAAAUGCAAUCGAAUGUGGUCCUGCUCAGGAAUCCAUGUGUGUACUGUUCUGCACACACACACACACACACACACAGACACACACACACACACACACACACAGACGCACACACAGACACACACACGCACACACACAGAGACACACACACACAGACACACACACGGAGACACACACCCGCACACACACACACGGAGACACACACCCACACACACACACAGACACACACGCACACACGCACAGACACACACACCCACGCACACAGACACACACACACAGACACACACACGCGCACACACACACAGAGACACACACGCACACACACACACGGAGACACACACACGCAUACACACAAACAGACACACACGCGCACACACACACACAGACACAUACACGCACACUCACACACAGGGACACACGCACACACACACAGACACGCACACACACACACACUUGCACACACACACAGAGACACACACACACACACACAGACACACACACACACAGACACACACAAGCACACACACACACACACAGAGACACACACGCACAGACACACACGCACACACACAGACUCACACACGCACAGACACACACGCACACACACACACACACACGCACACACACUCUGGGUGUUUGCUUGUUUCUCAGGAUGUCACACCGUGCUGUAUUUAUGUCUCUACUUUACCUGCUGGAGGUUACUUGUACUGGUCAAUGUGUAUAAACUUGAGAUAAUAUGGGAAAUGGAAGUUGCACUUUUGUUUGCUUUGUGAAAAGAAUAUUCAGUAAAAUUGUAACUUGGAUCAGAGUGUGCUUCAGCCGUGUAUAAGAGAUAAUCUCUGCUCUGUGGUAUCGAGGUGUCAUGUCCUGCUGAAUCAGGGAUUAACGUGAUGGGAUCAUUUGCCGGACAACAUACAGGAGAAAGGAUUCACUAAACUGUGCCUGAUGUAAUACCCAGUUCUGUCUCCAUUCCACUGAUUCAUUUCACAGGGACUGUGCUGCCCCCUGGUGGUCACACUGGGUCAGUGUUAAACUGAACUUAGACGGAAAGAGACCAUUUUUAAAUAUGUGCUGCACUUGCAGUUUGUCACCGAACCCCAGUGAAACCUGCUGCAGUGUCCGAACGUCUCCUCACAUCCAUGGCAAUCAGUCAGGCACUCCUCUCUUCUCUACAGGGAUUGGCUGCGAUACAGUGGGUGGACUGUAAUGUAAUGGAAGAUUUAUUUUAUGGCAUCAGGUGCCGUAAAAUGUCUCUUUUUUAUUCCUCAAUCAACCAUAAGAAUGCGGAUGAUGUUUUGGAUUAAUAAACAUUUCUAAGAUUUG